UAUUGCAAGAUAUCCCAAACACAAACAUGCACAAAGUGCACGUGUCUUUUUUUUAUUUAUAAUUUUAAUGAAACUAACCGUGUUGGUGUUCAGAUAGAAUAUGUAUAAAACAAGCCUGAUGUUCAUUUAUCGCAAAAAAACAACAAGUACCUACAACAAUUUAAAUAUCUGUACCAUUAUCCGCUAGUCCUACAAUGUGACAAUUUACACUACUUUUGUGUCUAUAUUUUUAGUUUUACUUAUCUCGUGCCUUUCCCUGCCUCACUGGCGCUAACCGUAAGCGCAGUUAUAUUAGGGUACUUCCCCGUUACUUUACCAAUGGGGUAUAUAGGUAACCCAUCAUACUGAGUUUUAAUUAUUGUUUGCAUUGUGUGUAAUCGCUAAAAAUGUAGUAAUGCCUAUUAUAUUUUUCAACGUUCUUUUUAAAAUGUCUUCUAAAAACAAUUUUAGUAAACAAACCUGUCAGUUAGUAUUCCAAUUUAUCUUGUUUUCCAAUUCCGAUAAUUUUAAACAUAGUAAUAAUAGAAUGUUUACGGUGGUGGCAAAUCAAUUUAAAAAAAAGAUGUUCCUAAACAAUAACAGUCUUUUAGGGAAUUAUAAUACUUUCAAACGUAGACGCUGAUAAACAAUACUAGGAUUUUUUUGAGCAAUUUUUUUAUCUGAUACUGAGUUAGAGUAAAUAAGCAAUUUCGUAAUUUAUUUUGUAAUUAGCAUUUACUUUCUUAUUGUAUACCACUGAUUUCGAAACAUUUUGCUAUAGUUCAAUUAAUACUUUUUUUUCAUAUAAAAUGAAUGUCAAAACAAACUAAUAGGUGCAUUGGUCACUACAUUAGCCUUUGUAGCAAUGUGUUGUAUCAUUUACCACGUAGCAUUCAUGGAAUAGGCCCCCGAUUCAUAAUAAGGAUAAACUGUCACUUUCAGGUAUUUCAAUUACAGUUUCAUUUUUAUUAGAUUCAAAAUUUGUUGCUGUUGCUUUAAAGCUUCGGACAUUUAGUCCACAUUAACUUUUUGUUCCCAACUAAUAUGCUAAUUCGUUUAAUAACUCAUCGAGAAUUGAACUGAGACACCCUUUUUUCAGGUCAUAAAUGGAUGGGAGGUCUUUCUCGGCAACAAACUCUGUUAAUAGGAAUAUUAGGAAUUUUGUUUCUUCUUUCAUUGGUGAUAUUAAUUGUCAUUUUAACAGUAAAACAUUUUGAAUCGUUUAAUGACAACAACAAUCAAAAUGACGAUUCCCCAGCGGGUCAUAAAUGGUUGCGAGGUCUUUCCCGACAACAAACUCUGUUGAUAGGAAUAUUAGGAUUUUUGUUUCUUAUUUCGUUGGUGAUAUUAGUUGUCAUUUUAGGAGUAAAACGUUUUGAAACGUCUGAGAAUACCAAUAAUCGAAAAGACGAAGACUAUAUUGGAACUCCGAUAGACUCCCCAGUGGAUACAGAUGCAUUCAAUGCAACUUUACCAAAUAACGUGAGGAUUGUAUCCCGUCUGGAUUGGGUCGCUCAGCCUGCUGUACAAACUCCUGACGAGCUCAAUGUGCCCGUACCGUACGUCAUAAUAUGGCACACUGCUACAGAGAAUUGUAGCGACCAAGCUACCUGUGUCUUCCACGUGCGUGCAAUUCAGACGUUUCACAUCGACAGUAGUCACUUGUGGGACAUCGCGUACAAUUUUUUGGUCGGUGGAGACGGAAACGCUUACGAAGGAAGGGGUUGGACGAAAGAAGGGUCGCACACGCACGGUUACAAUAAGAAAUCCAUAGGGAUUGCCUUUAUAGGAACAUUCAUUACGAUUAAACCGCCGGAAUGGCAAAUAAAUGCCUGUAAGGUGCUUAUAAAUAUGGGUAUAAAACAGGGAUACAUUUCGAAAAAUUACAAACUCCUUGCAGCGAAACAAUUAAUAGGGACGCAAGCACCCGGAGCCGUUCUAUACGAAGAAAUUAAAACGUGGCCCCAUUGGUCUGCCCUUCCUUGAUAACAAACAAAACAGCUCCUGUGUUCCAUAGUGCUAAUAUCCCACAAGGGCAAGGUGAAAAACACAAAAUAAAAGGCUGUAAUUAUACAUUAAGGGUUAUUGAAACUAAAAUAGGUACUGUUAUAUAUAAAAAUUUGUGUCUUUUAUUUUGUAUAUAUAAACGAAUUUUUAUAUAAAUAAAUCGGAAUAAAGCUAAUAGUUUAACAAUA